AUGCUUGCACAAAAUGUGGGUCUUCUUGAAAAUAUUUAUAAUUGUGUUGAAUUUGCACUUGAGGAAAAAUAUGAACUUUAUAUAAGCGAACAAACUUUGUUAACUUAUUUUUGGCCAAAGCAUCUUAACACUUUUUCAGCAAAGCAGUAUUAUUAUUCUCAAUGGUUCAAAUUUGCUGGUAUUGUGUUGCCUAUAGACCAUUUUGGUGCUCAUCUUAACUCACAAGGAAAAGUAAUUGAUAAAGAAUUAGCAAUAAAAAAUUUUUACUUUUUAGAAAAAAAACUUUGUGAUAUUUGGUAA